GGCCCAGGGAGAAGCCGGGCGGAGUUUCGAGAGGACCGAGCAGGGCGCGCACGGUGGCGGCGGCGCAGGUCUCCCGGCCGAGUCCCCACUUCUGGCUGCUCAUGCCACUGGGACUGGGGCGAAGGAAGAAAGCACCGCCUCUGGUGGAAAAUGAGGAGGCGGAGCCAAGCCGGAGUGGGCUGGGUGUUGGGGAGCCUGGGCCCCUGGGUGGAAGCGCAGCAGGGGAAUCCCAGAUGGGCUUGCCCCCACCUCCUGCUGCCCUCCGGCCUCGCCUCGUGUUCCAUACCCAGCUGGCCCACGGCAGCCCCACAGGCCGCAUCGAGGGCUUCACUAAUGUCAAGGAGCUGUACGGCAAGAUCGCUGAGGCCUUCCGACUACCAGCUGCUGAGGUGAUGUUCUGCACCCUCAACACCCACAAAGUGGACAUGGACAAGCUCCUGGGGGGCCAGAUCGGCCUGGAAGACUUCAUCUUUGCCCAUGUGAAGGGGCAGCGCAAAGAGGUGGAAGUGUUCAAGUCCGAGGAGGCUCUGGGGCUCACCAUCACCGACAACGGAGCCGGCUACGCCUUCAUUAAGCGCAUCAAGGAAGGCAGUGUGAUUGACCACAUUCAGCUCAUCAGCGUGGGGGACAUGAUUGAAGCCAUCAACGGGCAGAGCCUGCUGGGCUGUCGGCAUUACGAGGUUGCCAGGCUCCUCAAGGAGCUGCCCCGAGGCCGCACCUUCACCCUCAAACUCACAGAGCCUCGAAAGGCCUUUGAUAUGAUCAGUCAGCGUUCAGCCGGUGGCCACCCUGGUUCAGGCCCACAACUGGGCACUGGCCGAGGGACCCUCCGUCUCCGAUCGCGGGGCCCUGCCACAGUGGAGGAUCUGCCGUCGGCCUUUGAGGAAAAGGCCAUUGAAAAGGUGGAUGACUUGCUAGAGAGCUACAUGGGGAUCAGAGACACGGAGCUGGCUGCCACCAUGGUGGAGCUGGGAAAGGACAAAAGGAACCCGGACGAGCUGGCAGAAGCCCUGGAUGAGCGGCUCGGUGACUUCGCAUUCCCAGAUGAAUUCGUCUUUGAUGUCUGGGGAGCCAUCGGGGAUGCCAAGGUUGGCCGCUACUAAGACUGGAACUGAACCUGGACCUUGAGAUAACCUGGCUUGGCCUGGCUGGGGUUUCCAGAAGGGGUGCCACAGCCAGGACCUGGGCACACAGCUGAGGCUCAUAAAUCAGCAGCCUGGGAAAGGCAUGGGGUGCAAAUGCCCUGUGGUCCUGGCCCCACUCCAAUCACUACCACCACGGUGCCCAGCCUGGUUGGGGUCCCCGGCCAACCCCUGCCGGGUUCCCCACCUACCUCAAUAGAGUACUCGCAUGGGGAGGGACCAACACACUGGGCAGUCCGUCACCUCUGUCCCCGACAUUUCCCACCAUCAGCUGGCAACUGCCCCUUCUGUUCCCCUGGGCCUCAGUUCUCUUUGGGGUCAUGACCUCCCUACUUUACUUUUUUUGCUUUGUUUAUUUUCAAGACAAAGUCACUAUGUAGCUCUGGCUGUCCUGGAACUCAUUCUGUAGACCAGGCUGGCCUUGAACUCACAGAGAUCCACCUGCAUCUGCAUUCAUAGUGCUGGGAUUAAAGGUGUGCGUCACCA